AUGGCAACUCAAGCAGGAUGGCGUCAGCUUGAUAUCGCUGUCGUUGGUGGCGGCAUCGGUGGUCAGGCAGCUGCAACUUCUCUUCGGAGACAGGGUCACAGAGUGACCAUCUAUGACAAGGCAGACUUUGUCGGUGAGGUUGGAGCAUCAAUCAGUUGCGCUGCGAAUGGCACCCGCUGGCUGGAAGAAUGGAAGGUCAAUAUCGAGCUUGGCGACCCUGUUGUCCUUGAAAAGUUGAUCAGUCGAGACUGGAAAACGGGAGAGCCUGUGAGCGUGUAUGACCUUGCAGACUACAAGGAGCGCUGGGGAUAUGUCUACAACAUGUUUCAUCGACAAUACAUGCACAAAAUGCUUCUGGAUAGUGCAACGAGUGAGAAAGGAGAAGGCAUACCAGCUAAGCUUGUCGUCAAUCAUAAGGCAGAAAAUGUCGACGUUGAGACUGGCGAAAUCACAUUUGCUAAUGGCGUCAAAGCCAAACACGAUGUCAUCGUUGGUGCAGAUGGAAUAGGCUCUGCUCUACGGACAGUCUUGGGAAUCGAGACCAUCCGAAAGCCUGCUACGUGCACGUGCUUGCAUACCAACGUCGACACCGAGAAAGCUGUCGAACUCGGUCUAGUAGACUACUCGAAGAACAGUGCUCUUGAGUAUUGGGGCGGAUACAACACCCAUUUCAAAAUCGUCCUAUCACCUUGCAAUGGCGGUAAAUUGCUAUCCUACUACUGCUUCUUUCCUCGGGAGGCAGGGGACCUCACAGGGCAUACCUGGGAUCAAGAAGCGUCCUUGGACGAACUCCUUGCACCCUACCCAGAUUUAGACCGUCAAGUGUUCAAACACCUCGAAAUCGGCUAUGAAAUUCGGCCCUGGCGACUGUGGCUCCACGAGCCGUACCCGUUGUGGACGGAGGGUAAAGUUGCGCUUAUGGGGGAUGCAGCACAUCCGAUGAUGCCGGAUCAAAGUCAAGGAGCUUGCCAGGCAAUCGAAGAUGCAGCUGCGCUGGGACUCGUUUUCAGCAAGACUCACUUCUCUGGUGAUAUUAGAGAAUCGCUCAAGGUUUUUGAGCAAGUCCGCAAACCGCGAGCAACUAAAGUACAGGCUGCAUCUGCGAGAGCGCGAGAAAAUAUCAACGAGAGGAUUGGCUUUUCGAGCAACACAGACACAACAGUUUAUAACGUAUCUAACGAAGAAGGAAAACUGACCAUCGAUGAGAUGAACCUGUAUGACAUGAAAGCUCAUGUUGCAGAGGUGUUUCAGGGCCGACGCUCAAACGGAUUGAAUGGUUCGAACGGUAUCCAUGUAAACGGGGCUUCUUCAUGA